UAUUUUUCAACGUUUUGAAAAGGUUUAGAUUACCACUUGCAAAGAUGUUGAGAGUUUUAGCGCUUCUUUUGGCAGCCACAGGAAUUUCUACGGCUUUGGACUUGACUGGCUGCGCUCCAGGCCGCCCAAAGGAGAUCAAUGCUCUUCUUCGGACGCAAGGAGAUUUAUAUAGUCCAGGUUAUAAAGAAAAUGAAAACUAUCCAAAUGAUCUAGUGUGUCAGUACAUAAUUUUCGCACCAUAUGGAUUCAAAAUACGUCUCACAUUCGAGGACUUAGACAUCGAGACAUCUGACCUGUGCAUGGCAGAUGCCGUAUCCGUACACGAAGGAAUACAUCCAAUGGCACCAGUGCAUGGAGUGUUUUGCGGAAAUGGCACUUAUCCACCGAUAACUUCUCUCAGUAAUGCCUUGCUUAUCGUAUUCCGAAGUGAUUUCAUGGUGGGAAAGAAAGGAUUCCACAUUCGUUACCACGCAUCAGCCCUACACAGGCCCUGUGGUGUUGGAGAACUGCUAUGCAGAAAUCGUAAGUGCGUGAGAAUAACAUCUCGAUGUGAUGGCGAUGAUAACUGUGGUGAUGGUACAGAUGAAGAAAAUUGUGAUUAUCCUACGGCUGUAACUAAAUGUGGAGUAAGACCAAAAAACGCCUCACAAGCUGUAGGAGUAGAUCGUGUAAUAGGAGGCAGAGAAGCAAUCCCAGGAAGCUGGCCAUGGCAAGCUGAUCUUCAGCUCGCCUUUUACAAUCCUAACGGUCAUAUGUGCGGAGGAACUCUCAUUAACUCGCAAUGGGUUCUUACAGCAGCUCACUGUUUUGUGCAAAAUGGAAUGCCUCAAGUAUGGCGUGUACAUCUUGGGAAGCACCGUAAAUAUUUCACGGACAGGUAUGAGCAAAUUCGAAUGGUUGAAAGAAUCGUAGUUUUUCCUGAUGUAACUGGCCAGAUGGUAUUGCGAAAAGAAUUAGAUCUGGAUAAUGAUAUAGCUUUAAUGAAACUUAAUGCCCCUGUAAAGUUCACACAAUUCGUAAGUCCAGCUUGUCUUCCUAAACAAGGUUAUGAACUGAAGGUCGGUACUCAAUGCAUGGCAUCAGGUUGGGGCUUAACAAGAGGAACUGGAUUUUCUCACGUCCUGAAAGAAGUAGAAUUAUGGAUUGAGAAAGCACAAGACUGCGAUUCAGAUAUGGGUUCUAUUGAUAAUAAAACAUCAGUAUGCGUACGAAACAGAAAAGGAUUCCAAGAUGUUUGCCAUGGUGACAGUGGCGGCCCACUUGUAUGUGAAAUAAAUAAUGAAUGGCAAGUCAUGGGAGCAACAAGUCGUGGAACAGCGGGCAAUUUUGAAGGUGGUUUAUGUGCAAUGCCUGGCUCUUACACAGUUUAUUCAAAGGUGUCGGAUAAAGUUAGUUGGAUCAAGAGGAUGAUCAGCAAGUACAGUUAGCUAAACAAAAUUUUCUGAUUGUAAAUUAAAACCAAAAUGAAAUAAAGAAGAUAUUUAUUUGUCAAAAACGAAAA